AUGAACAAAUCGAAGCCAAUUGAAUUACUACGUGAGCGAUUGAAGAACAACCCACUAAUUCAUGUUGUAGCUGAUGAUGGCAUUCUAGAAUCUGACAAUUUUGAGUUUUGGGUAGCACAUGAUGAAAUUCUUCAAUUGUUGAACAAAAGAACACUUGAUGUUACCAUUCUAACCAUUUGGGAGAUGAAUCUACAUUCCAUUGCACGUGUGAAGAACAAAUGUUCUUUCCUAAACCCACAUAAGAUUCUUGGGGAAAGUUGCCAAGAAAACCCAGAAGGUGUCAUAAAUUACAUUGUUGAUGUGAUGCGGAUUCAUCAAGGAAAACAAUUUCUCAUUGCUCCAUAUCUGCAAAGGGCUUUUGCAAGGUAUGGGAAAUACACAUCAAAUCCAAUCAGUUGGACGCUUGCCGAGUGCAAUCAACAACCGGGCGAUUGA